UUUUUAUUAGUUUUAAUCAAUUAAAAUGAUUUGUUAGCCUUCAAAAAGAAUUUAAAUAUGUUUUUACCUAAAUUUUUUGCGAAAAUUAUCUUUAAAAUAAACAAAUGAUGAGUUUGAAGGUUAAUUGUUGUUUGCCGGUAAUACCACCACCAUUAGCUCUAUUUAUCAUCUUCAUAGCUUCCUUAUGUUGCAUUAAUUCUUAUGAUGGAUCAUUUGUAUUUGAUGAUUCUCCGGCAAUUUUGAACAAUGCUGAUAUCUCCUCUACACCUUUGUUAACAAUCUUUAAAAAUGAUUUUUGGGGCAAUAAACUUACACAUAAACAAAGUCAUAGGUCAUACCGACCAUUUACUGUUUUGACAUUUAGAUUACAUUAUUGGAUCAGAGGGUAUCUAAAUUCGGUUGAUUUUCAUAUAGUUAAUUUAAUAUUACAUUCGUUGGCCUGUAUAUUAGUUUAUUAUGUAUUCAAAAAGUUGUUGGAUAAAAAUUCAAAACAAUUGGCAUUUUAUGCAGCUCUAUUAUUCGCUGUACAUCCUGUUCAUUCUGAAGCAAUUUCAGGAAUUGUUGGUCGAGCUGAUAUACUUAGUGCAAUAUUUGUUUGGUUGUCAAUUUUAUUUUAUGAUUGUUGGAUGAAAGAAAAAAAUUAUUGUAUAUUUGUUAUAAAUAUCUUCAUUUGUACAUUGUGCAUUGCUUCUGCAAUGUUGUUCAAAGAAACAGGAAUUACUGCUAUUGGUAUUUGUUUCGCCUACGACCUAAUAAUAAUUAAUAAGAAGAAUGUCUAUGAUGGUUUUGAAUUGUUAAAGUUUAAUAAACACUGCAACAUUUUAAAAAAAAUGGUUAAAUCUUCAAGUUUCUUACGAUUUGUAAUUCUUUCAAUAGUUGGAAUGCUACUACUUCUACUACGAUUUAGUCUAAUGGGAUUUUCAACUCCAACAUUUCAACCUGUUGACAAUCCGGCAUCUUUUAUAGAUAAUAUUUUUCUACGUCAUGUAAAUUAUCAAUAUAUUUAUGCUUUAAAUUUAUGGUUGCUGAUAUGCCCAGAAUGGUUAUCAUUCGAUUGGUCUAUGGGCUGUGUUCCUCUUAUAACUGGCUGGGAUCCAAGAUUAUUUGCAAUAAUUUUAUUAUGGAUAGUUUUUGGAUUUUUAUUAAUAAAAUUUUUCUUAAUGAAGCAAAAAGAUGAUGAUGCAAAAUAUAUUGCAAUAGGAUUAAGCAUGAUGAUAAUACCAUUUUUACCAGCAAGCAAUCUAUUUUUCAAUGUUGGAUUUGUCUUGGCUGAACGAACUUUAUACCUUCCUUCAGCAGGAUAUUGCUUUGUUAUUGUUGUUGGGUUAAAAAAAUUAUGUGAACGAUUUUCAAUAAUAAAAAUGCCUUUGAUAAUGUAUUUUGUCUUAGUGAUCACAUGGUUUGCACGUUCUUGGAUAAGAAGUGAACAAUGGAAAAAUGAACAUUUAUUAUUUCGUUCUGCUUUAUCUGUAUGUCCUCUGAAUGCUAAAGUACAUUAUAAUGUUGCAAAAAAUGCAGCAGAUUUGGGGAAUAUAACUUUAGCUGAGGCAGAAUAUUUAGAAGCUUUGAGAUUGAAUCCAACAUACGCUCAAGCAAUGAACAAUCUUGGAAACCUUUUGAAAGAUCAAGGGAAAUAUAAAAAAGCUGAGAAAUUGUUAAGACAAGCAGUUGAAAUACAACAGGAUUUCGCUGCAGCCUGGAUGAAUUUAGGAAUUGUUUUGUCAUCACUCAAGCAAUAUGAAGAAUCAGAAAAAUGUUAUAAAACUUCUUUAUCCUACAGGCGUCAUUGUCCUGAUUGUUACUUCAAUUAUGGCCUAUUGUUCAUGGAACGACAACAGUAUUUAGAAGCCUUAAAAACAUGGUCUAAAGCCAUUGAUCAAGAACAAAAACACCGUCGAGCUUGGAUUAAUUCUAUACGGUUAUUAGAUGAUAUGGGUAUGUCAGAAAAAGCUUUGAAACAAGGAAUGAAAGCAAAACAAUUAAUUCCCGAUGAUGCAAUGAUUCGUCUCAACAUUGCAAAUAUUUUGGGUAAAUCUGAACGUUAUAUUGAAGCGGAAAAUGAAUUCCAAACAGCUCUGAUGUUAGAUCCUUAUAAUCCUACAAUUUACACCAAUUUGGGAGUCUUGUAUCAUCGUUGGCACAAAUUAGAUAAAGCAAAAAUAAUGUAUAACAAAGCUCUAGAGCUUGAUCCGAAUCAUCAAAAUGCAAAAUUGAAUAUAAAAAAAUUACAAAAUUUAUUAACAAAAAAACAUUUAUAGGUAUUUUAAAAUUAAUAUAAUACUAUUGAUUAAAACUCACAUGAUGUGUAAAUAAAAUGAUUUUUUAUAAAUGUCCACCU